AUGGAAUCGAACGAAGUGGACGAGAAAAUCCCAUUAAAGCUAGCGCAAAUAUCGAUCGACAAAUUUAACCAAACGAUACCACAGUACUUGACGCAGCUACGAAACCACAAAUGCAACAUUGAAAAGGCGGGUUCACUGAACGAUUGGGAGAAGGUCAAACGAGAGCAGCUAAAUGCGACACGCAUUGUGAAACAGAUCCGUUUCAUGCUGGUGGAAAUAGAUAAAGUGCGCCAACGGUUGCGUGUCAGCGAUUAUGACCGUUUCGACGAAGGGAUUGAGGCGACAAAGAAGGAUGCGUUCAACAGCAUGGCCGAAUACCUGGCUAUGCAGCAAGCUUUGCGUGCACAGUCAGCACAAAAUUAUCAGCAACAACAGUACGAUGAGGAAAUAUCUUCCGGUGCGGGUAGUGCGCAGUUUCCUACAGGCGGACGAUUGGCAUAUGUUCCUCAGAUUACCAGCUCGUACAACAUGGAGGAGCACGAGCUACGCCAAAGAGAGGAAUGUCUCCGUCAGAUGGAACACUUGCAGCACGAAAUGGAGGACAUUCAGGAGCUCUAUCAAAAGGUGCACGAAUUGGUACACGAGCAGGGUGAAACGGUGACCCGGGUGGAGGAGAACGUGGAUGUAGCACAGAUCCAGGUGGAAGCCGGUGUAACAGCCCUGCAGAAAGCGUUAGCAUACAAAAAAGCCGUUUAUCCGCUGGCCGGAGCAUUCCUCGGUUCUUGCAUCGGUGGUCCCAUUGGGCUGGUGGUUGGACUGAAGGCGGGUGGCCUCGCAGCACUGGGUGGCGGUUUGGUUGGGUUUGCCAGCGGGAAGUUCAUCAAAAACGUGGACGCUAUACCGGAUAGUGAUGAGUGCGGUUCGGGAGACAGUGCUACCGAAGCGAUGGCCGGUACACCCGCAGAACCGGGAGAAACUCAACCGGUUGCUUCGAAAACAUGA